ACCGGAAGUCGUGCGGUGGAGCGAAAUUUGAAGGAACCGGAGCGGUGGCCGGUUCGGCCACCAAACUGUGUCUGUCGCUGGCAGCUGGUUCCCUGGGCUGCUUGAGUCGAGCCAUCAUGCCUAUCCGCGCUCUGUGCACUAUCUGCUCCGACUUCUUCGAUCACUCCCGUGACGUGGCUGCCAUCCACUGUGGCCACACUUUUCAUCUGCAAUGCCUAAUCCAGUGGUUUGAGACAGCACCAAGUCGGACCUGCCCACAGUGUAGAAUCCAGGUAAGGAUGAUGGAGUGGGGACAUCUCUGCUGAAGACCUACCUCUUCUUUCCAGAAGGCAGGGAUGGGGAAAACAUCUCUGAAAUAGAAACAUUUUGACCUUUUGACCCUGUUGGUGUGAGGCCAGCUGAUCCUCCCAAACAUCUGUGAGUCACUCAGGAGGCCUGCUUACCCCCUCGGGUGGCUGGAAGAUAGACUUUCCCAACCAGGCUUCACUUGUGUAUACUUGGCUGCCUCUAAUGUUUAGCAAAUGUCCCUGUGCAUAGACAUGACUUCAUCCACCAGCAAGAGGAUGCAUGUGGAAAGUUAGGUCUGAGAGCAGACCUAGAACAUGAGGUUGGCAAAAAGACUAUUAUAAACAAACUUUUCUUUGACCUCGCCCAGGAAGAGGAGAAUGUCUUGGAUGCAGAAUUCUUAAAGAAUGAACUGGACAGCGUCAAAGCUCAGCUUUCCCAGAAAGACAGGGAGAAACGGGACAGCCAGGCCAUUAUCGACACUCUACGGGACACCCUGGAAGAACGCAAUGCUACCGUGGAGUCCCUACAGAACGCCUUAAACAAGGCAGAGAUGCUGUGUUCCACCCUGAAAAAACAGAUGAAGUUCCUGGAGCAGCGGCAGGAUGAGACCAAACAAGCUCGGGAGGAGGCCCACCGACUCAAGUGCAAGAUGAAAACCAUGGAGCAAAUUGAGCUCCUACUCCAGAGCCAGCGGUCUGAGGUGGAGGAGAUGAUUCGAGACAUGGGUGUGGGACAGUCAGCGGUGGAGCAGCUGGCUGUGUACUGCGUGUCCCUCAAGAAAGAGUAUGAGAAUCUGAAGGAAGCUCGGAAGGCCACAGGGGAACUGGCUGACAGGUUGAAGAAGGAUUUGGUGUCCUCUAGGAGCAAGUUGAAGACUCUCAACACUGAGCUGGAUCAGGCCAAGUUAGAACUGAGGUCAGCCCAGAAGGACUUACAAAGUGCUGACCAGGAGAUCACGAGCCUAAGAAAGAAGCUGAUGAUCCUCCAGGGAACCUUGAGCCUGCCUCCGGCGACCAAUGAGACGGUCAGCCGCCUGGUUUUUGAGAGCCCAGCCCCUGUGGAGAUGAUGAACCCGAGGCUUCACCAGCCACCCUUCGGUGAUGAGAUUGAUCUCAAUACCACCUUUGAUGUAAAUACCCCUCCAACCCAGACCUCUGGCUCCCAGCAUUGCCUCCCCAAGAAGCUGUGCCUGGAGAGGGCACGCUCUCCCAUGCAGAAUGUCCUCAAGAAGGUGCACAAAGUCUCCAAGCCGGAGUCCCAGCUCUCACUGGGUGGCCAGCGAUGUGUAGGAGAGCUAGAUGAGGAACUGGCUGGUGCCUUCCCUCUCUUCAUCCGGAAUGCUGUCCUGGGUCAGAAACAGCCCAACAGGACCACAGCAGAAUCCCGUUGCAGCACAGAUGUGGUAAGAAUAGGCUUUGAUGGGCUUGGAGGACGAACAAAAUUCAUCCAGCCUAGGGACACAACCAUUAUCCGACCAGUGCCUGUUAAGUCCAAGGCCAAGAGUAAACAGAAAGUGAGAAUAAAGACUGUGAGUUCUGCCUCCCAGCCCAAGCUGGAUACCUUCUUAUGUCAGUGAACGGUGACCAGAGUCAUGUUUGCAAUUAGUGGGCCAAGACCUGGCUAACCGGAAGUGUUUUUGGAAGAUGGCUCCUCUUGGACCAGUCCAAGAGAGAUGCCCAGAAAACACACUUCCUGUGUUCACUGCGCCCUGCACCACACUGGGAAGCCACAUGACCAGUUUACUGUUCCGAUCAGCAGGGCCUACUUCCAGUUGCAGGGUUUUGCUUAUAGCUACAACCAGGUGUGGCUGGACUCCUUUUGUUUUUAUAGAACAGGGUCACAUUGACUCUAAGUGGAUGGGAGUGCUGGAGGAUCCUAUGCAGGCUGGAGGACCCUGCGCUUGAACUCCUGCCUGCCUCCAGCUUAUUGCUUGAAAUUAUGGGGUGAGGUGGUGAUAGGGAAAGGUUGGGGAAGUUUUCUGUGUAAAAUAAAAAGGCAUCUUUUCUUCUAGGCUCUGGCUGUAUAAAUUUGUACCAAAACCUUAGAAAAUUUCUAGGCUUAGACCUAGUAUUUUAAGUCUAGGCAUGGCAUUGGCUCUCUCCCAGGGCACAGGAAGACUAGCAAGAAUGGCAGCCCUGCAGUCCAAACUGUAAACAAAGCAGGUGGGUGAGCCCAGUGAGUUCCAGCAAGCACAACAGAUAACUACUGACCAACUGUUAGCCUCUAGGGCUUGGGUUCAGGACUUUCACCAAGAGAAUUUCCCUAUUGGCCACUUGCCUGAGUCAGAUGGCCUAAGCCACUCCUGUUAUUGAACAGGAGCUCACUGGCUUCCCUCUCACACCGCGUGCCUCGUGCUGAAGACAAUCCAACCACUUGCCAGGAAAUGGGAGGAGCCUGAGGCUGUCUGGAUGGAGAUGAUAGCCUUCUUUAAGUGAUGCUUAGCUUUGAUUGGCAACUCAGCAUGAUCUAGAGUCACGUGGAAAGGGCCUCUCCUUGAGAUCUAGAUUAGCUUGGCCUGUGGGCAUGUCUGUGGAGGGUUAUCUUGAUUGUGCCUACUAUAAGUUGGCACCAUUCCUCCCCUAGGCGGAGGAUCCUGGGCUGUUUAAAGAGCAAACAAAGAGCUGAGCACAAGAACACAUGCACUAUGUCUGCUCCUGAGCGCUACUCACUGCUCCACCCUCUGCCUAGACUUCCCUGCAAUGAACCUGUAACCUGAAUCUUGAAGCUAAAAUAAAAACUUUCUCCCCUAA